GGUGUGACUCUUCCCUAGCUAGAGGACUCUUCUUUGGUGGGAAGGAUAGCAUCUCCUGAGAACCCCUGCUGUAUGAGCAGGCUAACAUAAAUGGUGAAUGAGGUAGGAUCUAGGUCUGUUCCUUUCUAGGUUCCUGUAGAGAUCUGUAUGUAGCUGUUCCCUUGGAAGUUAAUUAAGAGAACAAAAACUAUUUAUUUGGAUCCAAGGCCUGCCCAUGGCUUAACUAUAGGGCUUAUCAACACUGGAAACAAGGAAGGAGGAAGAAUUGCACUGGAUCAGUGCAGGUCCAUCUCCACUGGUAGCUGUGGUGGCUUUGGAUUGUUGGAAGACCAUCACCUUCAGCAGGUCUGCACUUGACAACAUUCAUUCUUCCCCAGCCUGAGUGUGCCUCUGCCCUCUGUAUCAUUGGCAGACGCUGUAUGUUUGGAAAGAGAACUCUGUGACUGCAGAAUUGACAGUUGACUCUAACUCUUGCUACCAAGUUUUUCCCUGACCCAGUAAAAGACUGUUAAGACAUCGACCUAGGACACAUUGAGAACCAAGGCCAAGACUGGACAGGGACGUAUAACUGGGCUUCAACCAUGACUGGGACUAAGAAUAAGACAAGAGCCCAGGCCAAAACUGAAAAAAAGGCUGCUAUACAAGCUAAAGCUGGAGCAGAAAGGGAGGCUACUGGUGGCAUUAGGCCUGUAGCCAAGACCAGGUCCAAAGCAAAAGCCAAGGCAGGGUCUAAGAAAGAUACAGUGACAGAGAUGAAGGCAGCCUCUAAGAAUAAGCUUGUUGCUGAGAUGAAGGAAGGAGCCCUGUCAGAGUCUAAGACUCAGGGCAAAGCCAUGGGAGAUGUCAGUCCCAAGUCUGGGAAUGAGUCCCCCAGUUCCACAUGUAAAAAUGAGGCUGGUAUUGAUGCCUGGUCCUGGGCUGGGGAAGAGGCCACUGUCGACUCAUGGUUUGGGAAUGAAGAAGAGGCUGGUAAUAGUUCCAGUACUAAGAAUGGUAAACCUGAAAUUGGUGCCCAGGUCUGUGCUGAGGAGUUGGAGCCUGCAGCUGUGGCUGGUUGCAAACCUAGGUCAGGGGCUGAGGAGGAGGAGGAAGAGAAUGUUAUUGGGAGCUGGUUUUGGGAAGGAGAUGAUACUAGUUUUGACCCUAAUCCUAAACCUGUGAGCAGGAUAAUUAAGCCUCUGCCUGUGUAUGAAAUUAAUGAAAAAGAUAGGCCCAAGGACUGGUCUGAGGUGACUAUCUGGCCCAAAGCCCCUGCUGUAACUCCAGCAGUGUUAGGAUUUAGAUCCCAGGCACCAUCUGAGGCAAGCCCUCCUUCAUAUAUUGUUCUGGCCUCAGCUGAAGAAAAUGCCAGUUCUUUGCCUGUGGCAACAGCUUGCCACUCUUCUAGGAAUACUCGCUCAUGCUCACAGCCUGUCCCUGAGGGUCCUUUUGGUUCUGACCCUUGCAUCCAGACCAUAGAUGAGAUUAGACGCCAAAUCAGGAUCAGGGAGGUAAAUGGGAUUAAGCCAUUUGCUUGUCCUUGCAAAAUGGAAUGCUAUAUGAAUUCUGAGGAAUUUGAAAAACUUGUUAGCAUACUUAAGUCAACUACUGAUCCUCUUAUUCAUAAAAUAGCACGGAUUGCAAUGGGUGUCCAUAAUGUUCACCCAUUUGCCCAAGAGUUUAUUAAUGAAGUGGGUAUAGUGACACUUAUUGAAAGCUUGCUCAGUUUUCCUUCCCCUGAAAUAAGAAAAAAGACUGUAAUUACUCUAAAUCCUCCUUCUGAGGAUGAAAGACAACGCAAACUUGAAUUACAUGUUAAGCAUAUGUGUAAAGAAACCAUGUCAUUUCCUUUGAACUCACCCGGACAGCAAUCUGGAUUAAAGAUACUAGGACAACUGACUACUGAUUUUGUCCAUCAUUACAUUGUUGCCAAUCACUUUUCAGAGCUUUUCCAUUUGCUGUCCUCAGGAAAUUGCAAAACCAGAAAUCUUGUUUUGAAACUACUUUUAAAUAUGUCUGAAAAUCCAACUGCAGCCAGAGACAUGAUCAAUAUGAAGGCAUUGGCAGCAUUAAAACUCAUCUUUAACCAGAAAGAGGCAAAAGCCAAUCUUGUUAGUGGUGUGGCCAUAUUUAUUAACAUAAAGGAGCAUAUCAGAAAAGGCUCAAUUGUAGUUGUUGAUCACAUGAGUUAUAAUACACUCAUGGCCAUUUUCAGGGAAGUUAAAGGGAUUAUUGAAACAAUGUAAAAUGAACCAGAAAUAGAACAUUUUGAACCAUCUCCAAACUCUAGCAGGCUGUACAUUACAGUGUACACAUUGUACAUUGCAUCUUUAACACAAAGUUACCAGGGACAGGCUCUAGGUUUGAACUAGACUAUUUGGAGGGUAUCAAAUAAAUAUUUUAUCUUGGGCCCAAAAUGUUUGUUGAUUUUUAUCUUGUCUCGAUUGGCAUAUUUUUUAACAUUUAAGAUAGAGAACCAGUUCAUUUAAGCUAACUUGUUCAUUAGUAUCUGCUUAGAUCCAUCUGUGGCUUAAAGUGGCAAAAAAGAAAAUAUCCUUGAGUUUGUAAUCUAGUUGCAGACGUAAGACAUACACACACACAAAGAUAACUAACAGUACUGAGAGAGAGAGAGAGUGUGUGUGUGUGUCUAUGUGUGUGCCAUGCAUACUCAUGGCCAAAUGUGCACACUAUAUAAAGGAGGCAGGGGUUGCUAUAGGCUAUUUAAUAUAAGAGAAACUACUAUUUUUCUCCUAUUCCAGCUGUAUCAGAUACUUGUUCCACAACACAGAAAUGACCCAGAAUCUCAGACAAAAGGUAUUAUUGUUCCAUUUUUUAAUUUUGCUACUACGUUUAUAACUCUUAAAUUGUUAUGCUGUUUCAUUUACAUCAAAGUCAUGUCACAAAAGAGAAGGCAGGAAAAAUUUGUGAGUGCAUAUUCUAUGUCAGACACUGUGUUGACAUCAUAUUUCACAAGGUUUUUUUUUCCUCUGCUCACAGUGCUCUUGUGAGCUAGUUACUUGUAUUUUUAUUAGAACUCAUUAUUCUGGGUACUCUCCAAUGAGAAUUAGAGAGGUUAAAUACUUUUUCCUAGAUUGCCACAGCAGGCAGGUGGCAUAGCUGUUUUGCCUGACACCAGAACCCAUCUCACCACACUACUUACAAUCCUCCUGAAGGACAGUUUGAGGUGGUGGCCUUCAAAGCUUGGAGACUGAUUUUAAUGGUUUAAUUUUACAGUGGAUGAUGCUCAUGCCAAGUGUUACAAUUCUUAACUUCCUCCAAAUUCAUGUAUCCAUUAGACAUUUGGCCACAUCUGGCUGAAGGUCAGGAGAAAAGUCUAAGAUGAAUAGAUGGAUUUUAUCUGGCAGUGUUGGAAAUAGUAGGUGCCCAAAACUUUAUUCAGUAAGAUGUAGAUUUGGAGUCAUCAGCAAAGGGCAACUUGUUAGAUGUCCUUUGUAUCUUUUUCUAUCCAUUUGUACUUUUUCUUUCCCAAAGAGCUGAAAUCAUUAUGUACAUCAUUUUAUACCCUGAAUUUAAAGGGUAAUUGCCUUUUUCCUCCUUGCAAAAUCAUACCUUAACUUUUUUUGCCAUUUAUGAUUUAUUCUCCUGUAUGUCAUAUGAAAGGCCAAGGGACUUUAUCUUUUGCUAUUAGGCAAUCUUGAACAUUUCUGCAUUUGUACCAGCUUAAACUUAAUUGGAGAAAUUUAGACCCAGAAUUGCAGCUUCAACAAUACAAAUCAGGAAAGAUAGAAGAGGCUGCUGUGUCACCUUACAAGAUAGUGAUUCUUGGAAGUUUGUAUGGACCAGAUAGCAUUCCCAGGAGAUUUAGGCUAUGGCUGAGUUCUCUAAGACUCAUGGUGGGAAUUAUAAUCCCUGGUAUAAGCUGAAAUGAAAGUUUCUAUGUGUGAAAAUAUGGAGUUAUAUGCUUUUGAGAUUUUCUGCCAGUUGAGAAACUAAAACAAGAUCAUACUGUAAAUAUGUUUGUAACUUGCUUCUUCCCCCUCAGUUGUAUACUGUAAACAUCUUUAUGUCAAUAAAUAUGCUUCUACAACA